AUGUCGAACGACUCGGUGUAUGAAAUCCGCCGCAGCGAUUCGUUCGCAAGCUUGCGUGCGCUCGCGCAGCUGAUCGACAAUCGUUCUGGAUACUAUGAGGAGGUGCGUGUGAGUGACGAGGACAUGCGCACCCUCAAGAGCUCGGGUCUGCGGGCCUUUUACGAGGACCAGAACGAGGUCCUCGAUGGGUGGCGCGAGGUCGACGAGGUGCUCGAGAGUCAGUUUCCCACCGAGGUGAUGCGGCGCUUUGCGCUGCCCCACUCGCAAAACUACGGCACGAUCCACGGCUUCGAGUCGCAUCACGGCCUCAACAUGCGCAAGGACUACCCUCACCGCCACCCUGAGGACUACGAGGAUGGCUUUGCGACCGACGACGACGAGUAUGUGGGCGCGCACCCGUUCUCGCAGCACUCGAUGCGGCGCACGCGGCGCAUUAGCGAGCGGGCAUUGACGCACAUGGCCGGCGUGAUGGCCCGCGGCUCGCGCGUGGACCUCGCAGCCGAGAGUUUGCAGGACUUGACGUCGUCCGGCGUGAUCAGUGAGUCGCUGCGCGACCGGCCGAGCCUGGCCGACGUGCUGGAGGACCCGGAAGGGGGCGACGACGCCGAGACCAAGAGUGCCAAGGGCGGGGCCGACUGCACGCGCCCAGCCAAGCUGCAGCAGAGCCGCUCGACGCUGCGGCAGCUGCUAGCAUCGAACCCUGCGGUGCAGUCGCCAUGCCAAGAGGCACCGCCGGCCCCGGGCGACUCUCAGCCGACAAGCGAGCCGCCUGCGACGGGUCCUGUCGCAGGGCGACCGGCAGGGGCUGUGUGGACGAAAGCAGACCAUGAGCAGGACCAGCUCCUGCAGAAUGUGCCGACACACCAGCGGAAGCAGGACACCGACGCAUUUGUGCAGCUGUACAUCAAUAUGAACCUGCUCGUGAAUUUGCUGCUGGUCGUAGGCAAGGUCAUUGCGGUGCUCUCGUCCAACUCGGUGUCGCUGCUCGCAAGUUUGGUCGACAGUGCGCUGGACCUCGUGUGCACGGUGGUGAUCUUCAUGACGUCGCGGGCAUCGGCAUACCGCAGCUGGCACACAUUCUACAAGUACCCGGUCGGCAAGCGGCGGCUCGAGCCGCUGGGUGUGCUGAUUUUCAGUGUGCUGAUGGUCGUGUCGUUCGGGCAGGUGCUGCUCGAGUCGGUCAACCGCCUGUAUGGCGAGCUCACGAAGUCGGACACGGUCAAGGAACCGUCGCUGCCGAUGGUGGGCGUGGUGUUCAUGGUGCUCACGAUUGUGAUCAAGACGGUCAUGUGGCUCAUGUGCCACAACCACAAGAACUCGAGCGACUCGGAGAACGACGUCAUGUUCAACAUUGUCUCACUUGUGUUUCCCGUGAUCGGCCAGUACCUCGGGUGGCGCCUCCUCGACCCGAUCGGAGGUGGGCUCCUGUCACUGUACAUUAUCUCAGAGUGGGUGGCGACGCUGGCGGACACAACGUCCAAGCUGACUGGCAAGGUCGCGAGCGCCCAGGACGUGAGCCGGUGCCUGUACCUCGUGUCGCGCUUCUCGCUUGUGCAGGCCAUCUCGGGCUUCGAGAUGUACCAUGUGGGCGAUACGAUGGUCGCGGAGGUCGAUGUCGUGCUGCCGAUGAGCUUCAAACUGAAGGAGGCGCACGACCUCGGCGAGAUCAUCACCUACUGCAUCGAGAGCCUGACGGGCAUCGAGCGGGCCUACAUUCAUCUUGACUACAACCCGGCCGGCCAGUCCGGCCACAUUGGCCGGCGCGGAUAG